AAGGUGAAUACGCAAUAAGAUUUUGUGUGUGUUUUAUGUGUGUCACUUCAUCAAUCGUCCGUGAGACACAACAUGUUUUGUACUUAGUUCCUCCCGGAAGUGCGCUUCACUUUAAAUGCUUUUACCCGGUGAUUUUCUUUUCAGUGAAGCUGACACGGUCCUGAGAGAGCGCCACCUGCUGGAGAGAAAUGAGUCAGACCUCGAGAUCAGACGGGGAUGAUGCGGUUGUGCUGGGAGAGCAGCUCUGUGACCUGUGGAGCAAGAAGGAGCUGGCGGAGCUGAGACUUCAGGCCGUGUCCGGGUUCUCCCGGUUCUCCGAGCCCCUGGCCGGGCUCCUGACGCUGCUCGAGGGCUGCCCCGGGGUCCAGAAGAAUAGAUCCCCAACGCUGGGCCAGUUCCUCCUCACUGAGUUUGUGCGCUGGAGACGCGGCCAGGCUCGGGUCAGCAUGAAGGAGCAGGAGGACGAGGAGCAGAAGAGGAACCUGCAGCUCCGGGCUUUAGAGCUCAUCACAUGCUCGCAGCCAGGAUGCAUGGACCUCCUGCUGGAGAUCUACGAGCUGAAGAACCUGGAGAAGAACCUGCUUCUGGACCAUGUGGCCUUCCUGCAGAGUAUGCGCUGUUUCAGAGAGGCGGCGUCGCUCGGUAUGAAGUUAGGACUACAGGACGACCUCGACAUGGAACAAGUGUGUGUUCCUCUGAUCCUGAUGGACAAGCUGGCCCUGGCCGAGGCCUACGUUCAGGAUCGCCCCGACCUGCAGGAGCGUCUGAUCCGUCUCCUGGACUCGUGGUGCAGCCCGGACUUUAACCUGGAGGCCGUACGCAGGCAGUUUCCCCGUGUGCCUCUCUCCAAACACCAGACGGACCAAAUCCAGCCCAAGCUGCUCAUUAAACAAAUCUUCCGCCUCAUGGAAAAAUUCAGCAUUGAUCCUGGUUUGUGUGUGAAUGCUGUUUACAAGAGGAAACUCGACUCCCUGAGGUUUCUCAUGUACAAGAGGUUUGGAGAGAGAAGCAUGACGGAGGAGAACUGGAGGGACCACGUGCAGGCCACAGUGGAGGGAAGUGUGGACCUCCAGGUGGUAUUAGUGGAGCUGUUGGUGAAACACUGUGGUCUGAAGGGUGCGGCUCAGUGGGCCAAACACUUCGGUGUCCCGAGAGACAGACUUCCCCUGAGGGUGUGGGACACCAUGGAGACUCUCUCAGCCAGUCAGCUAAAGAUAAAUGAAGUGUGUUCUCCUCUGGACCAGUGGCUCACUCCUGCGUCUCAUCAGCUCCAGUUCUACCAGCUUCCUCUGGACCAGGAGCACGUCUUCAUGGUGGAGAACCUGGAACAGCUGCAGCUCUGCAAAGACGCCGUUCUACAGGCGGGGCAUGUGGUGGGCGUGGACAUGGAGUGGCGAGCCGGGUUCGGGACGGUGAGCACGCAGCACAUCUCCCUGAUCCAGCUGGCCCUGAAGGAGCGCGUGUUCCUGUUGGAUCUGUGUGCUCCGGGUGUCAGGCAUCACAGCCUGACCGUCAGCUUCAUCCGAGAGCUCCUCACCGAGCCCAGCGUCCUCAAACUGGGUUAUGGGAUGUCUGGAGAUUUAAGGAGUCUGGUAGCCACAUGGCCCGAGUUAAAGGAGGAACCGCUGGAGUUUAAGGGAGUUUUGGACCUGCUCCAUGUCCAUCAGCAGCUGCAGCGGUGCUGGAGAGGGAGCGCUGGGCCUCGGUUGGUGGAGGUGAACGAGGGCCCAGCGGAGAAAGGGUUAAGUCUGCUGGUGCAGCAGGUGCUGGGAAAACCGCUGGAUAAAACGGAACAGCUGUCCAACUGGGAACGUCGUCCACUUCGCACAGGACAGGUCCGCUAUGCAGCGAUAGACGCGUACUGUCUGGUGGAUGUGUAUCUGUCUCUCUCUGCGGAUUCGAAGGCCUUCGGCCUUCCUGAUAAUCUGCACUCCAUCAAGCCGAGUCCGUCGACCAAAAGUGGCUCAGACAAAAACACUAAAGAGAAGAGGAAGCAGACGGGCCGGAGGGCUCUUCAGAGCGCCAUCGGGGGCAUGGGCGAUCGGGACGAGUGUGUACGAGGGAACGGCGAGCGACACGGAGCCAUGACGCCUCAGGAGCUGCGGGUGGUGUGUGACAACAUGCUGCAGGGCCUGGGCAGGUACCUCCGCUGCGUCGGCGUCGACGUGCUCAUGCUGGAGAACACAGACGACCACAGAGUAGCAGCGCAGAUAGCUCGAAAAGAAGGUCGUAUCAUCCUCACAGCCGGUCAGCCAUUUCAAACCCUCCGGUCGCAGGUUGCAGAGGGUUGCUGUCUCACAUUGGACUGUUCGGAGAAGGCUCGGGACCAGGCCAUCCGCGUCCUCAAGCAUUUUAACAUCCACCUCACACCAUCUGACAUAUUCAGUCGAUGCCAGGCCUGUAAUAAUGACGAGUACCUGAAGCUGCCGAGAGAAGACAUGACUCGCAUGAUGAACGAACGAGGCCUGAUUCAGCACUCGGUGCCCAAACGGGACGACUGGGAGUCCGAGUGCGACGCUCAGGUGGACUCUAACCGCUGCAGGGCCCCGGAGGGCCCCGUCUUCGCCCCCCACAGCCGCUGGGCCCCUCGCUCGUCCCUCGACGCUCACUCCUUCAGGUUCAGCAGCGGAGCUGAGGUACAGCUGGAGACGGUUCCUCCCGGCCUGCUCACUCGCAUCCCAGAGUACUUCAUCUGCACACGCUGUGGGAAAGUGUUCUGGGAGGGAACACACUUCGACCGGGCGCUCGCUCAGUUCCAGGACGUCCUGAACCUCACAGACGAGGAGACGGCCGCCAGGAGGCACUGAGUCUGGGGGCGGGGGUGGGCACGCUGAAGCAUGAACUCGUGAAAAGUAACACCUAGAACCAGGAUUUUGUGAGUUCAAGUCCCAGUAUGGCCAAAGAAUAUAUCUAUAUAGGAUUAGUCUAAAUCAGGAUUUAACGCAAAGUGAAUUCAUCAGAUGGAAAAGCAGAUUCACUGAGGGGGAAAGGACGCUGAUGCGUUUGGGGUUGUCUGAGUGAACUUUGACCUCUUGGGUCAUGUUGGGAGUCGGUAGAAACCAGAAUGAAAUCGGGCAGGACUGUUUAAAUGAGUCAGUUAAAGAAAAGCAGGUAUAGCUGCUAAAUAUUACGUUUUCCUACUUUCCUACGACACACAUCUGGAAAAGAGAAGUAGCCGUGAAGUCUAAAGACGUCUGUUUUAUUCUAAACUUCUGUUGUUUUUUUCCCGUGUUGCAGCUCUGUAUUUAUUAGUUCAGUGCAAAUUACAGAACUGCACCUUACGCCUGACAACGUGACCAUGUGACCACGUCGGCGGAUCUCGGUAUAUUUCCAUCAUGUAUGUAAGGUGUAACUCUCCUCACUUUUGUUUUUAUAGGCUGGGUUUCUGUUUUCCGACCACACCAGCUCACGUGUGUAAUAAUCUCCGGGUGUGUCUCAGUCGUUCUGCAUGCACCGGAUCAUUACUGACGCCUCGUUAUUUUAUAAAACUGUUUUACAAUUGCUUUUUUUUUUUAUAUUCACAUGUGUUUUUUGUUACGCUUUGUUCGUAUGCAAUUAAAACACAGCUUUAUCUCUGAGUGA